AGACAAAGCACAGGCCUGAGAUGCAGUUAAAACAUUAACCGGUGUUCAGUGUAAGGCUAUUUUUCAUUAGAGUCAUUGUUCGGCUGUAAUGCUCUGCCCUGGUGCUGAAUCUCCUAGCAACAGUCACCUGUUUACCAAUGAAAACACUGCAAGAUGGAGAGAAAGGUGAACAAACAAUCUGGAGUUGCAGGUGCAUUUGGAGAGUAAGUGAAGCGUCUGCUGUGGGAGCUUUCUCGAUUAAUUUACAUCAACUAUAAAUAAAAAUAGCUAUAAAUGUAAGGCAGUGUUACUCAGAGCGUUUCUUUCCACUCAAAUAGCAUUUGAUAAAGGGAGCAUUCUUUUCGCUUAUCUUAUUAUUUUUUUUUCCCAAAGACUGUAAUCACUUUUUCAAAAAGCAAUACUGUCACAGCUAAAACAAAAGAGUUACACCUUGUUUGUUGCUUUUAUUUGUGGUUACAGCACAGUCCACAUGCCCUACGGAUUUUGCUAUCCAUCACUGUUGUCACUGAAGGUUUCCAUUACAGCAGUCACAGAUGGCUGAGCAGGGGAGGAUAGUCAUGCCAAUUGUUGGAGCAACAGGCAACAGGGGACGACUAACCAGCAACACACUCAAACUCCACAACAUUUGCAAGAUGAGAUUAACUCCUCCACUCCAUCCCUCCAAGUCAGGCUUUACGUCAAACCAACGACCUGUUUUAAGUUACCGACCCAGUUUGGACCUCAUUGACAACCCUCACUUUGGACUCCUGUUAUCUGACAGUUACAUGUCUCAGACCAAACUGCAUUACAGGCCUCAGAUCCAUUCUGAUGGCUCAGAAUAUUUAGCAAAGGUCAAUAACAAACCCACAGUGAGUGGCUUCCAUCAAUCAGGGACUCACCCAAAAGCAGCAUCUUUGGAGGAGAAGACAGAACACCAAAGAGUAUUCAUUCCACAUCCUCUCACCCCAACAGUGUCUCACCAGAACCAUGUGACUCUGGGUCCAAAACAAGAAACGGGCUUUACUAAGGAAAAAGAUCGUCAGUUUUACACUUUUCUGGAUAAAACAAGCAGCAUGGUGGAACCUCCCUGCACUCAGGACUCAGUAAUGAAAAGUCACUUCUUGCCUCCAUCGUCUCGUCAGGGAACUGUGGUGAUACCAAGUGUGCGAGGCCAUUCGUGUCGAGAAACAGGAUUCUCCCGCUCCACUGCUCCUUUGGCCUGUCCGACCUCGCCCCUGCCCUCACCAUGGACUAAAACUGCUGCACCAACUCUGAGGACCACUGGGAAAAAGGAGCCCUCGGGGUUUCUUCAUAAUGCUCCAAACAAUAUUUUUCCUGUUACACCUUUUGGAUCUUCACACUUUUUUACCCAUUAUCAGAACACGUUUAGCCCUCAUGUUGACCUCAGACAGUUAAGAUCCAGCUACACUGGUGCAGGGAUUAUCAGCGCUAAAAUGGAUAACAGCUACAAUCGUCGAGACAUGGACAGGUUUAUUUUCAGGGAAUAAACCUUCACAUACCCACAGAAUAAUGAUGCUUGCAUGGUUCCUCUACAAAAAUAAACUCUGCAGUUUCUUGCCACCACAUUAGUUUUGGUAUUUCCUUUCUUGUAGAACAGACAGCCAUUUUUAGGAGAACAAAACUGUGGAAGUGUUAGUCAGAAGUGUUGCAGUAUUAUAUCCUUAUAAUCUGCAAAAGCUUCAUCGCACUGUUGUCUGUUGCUUUACAAAAAGCCUGUCAAAAAGAGGCUAAUUUUCAGCUCUUUGUGAAGUCUUUUUUGUUUGAGAUGAAAAGCUGCCAGUCAGACGGCAAGUUGUGUGAAAGCCAAAGAGGGAGUGAAGAAGAUGAUGCAUCGUUUUCAACCUACAGCUUCACUGUCACUGACCUACAGAGAAUGAGAGGAGUGUAAACUAAUGAACAAAAAAAUUAUACUCAGACAGAGUGUGGCACCCGUUCCCAUGGACAUCUGUGGUGUGUCACACUGUUCUGCCACCCACAGCUGCUGAAUGAUGGGCAGAGCACACACUAAGGAGGAUCCUGUUUCCACUGGCUUCACUUUGUGUCAUAUAGUUCCAGGCAGAGGAGUUCUCAGAGGUUUAACAUACUCAAUAUGUUAAACACACAGACUACAUGUAUGUCAAAACAAGAGAUCCAUAAAACCAGAAUGCCUCUGAAGAUUGACUGUUGUUUGCAAAGUCUAGCAAAUAAAUCAUUUUUGUUUAUCCACCUAUGCUUUAAGCUUCCUGAUGUCAACAUUUCUUUUUCUUUUUCAAUAUUAUCUUAGAGUAAGUAAGUAAAACUAAAGCAUAUAAUUGGAAAUACACGAUAAUCAACA